GCACUGCAUCGCUGUGAAGUCACCCAUGCUUGGGUACAGGGAGAGAUAUCCAUGUGCGUCUUUGAAGCGCUUGAAGCGUAGCAACUCCCGCGGAAGGUCCUCGCUCAUCAUAAUCUCGAUGAGCCUGAGGUGCGCUUCAUAGUUGGUAUUAUAACCUAGCCUGGGCGCUGGAAUGAUAUACGCGUUGUUAUACAGCUCCCUUCGUUUCUCUGUAGGCCCGCUGGUCGCGAUGUCCUCCAGAGCUUCUUCAAAGUCCUCAAUGUUGAAGCCCUUCCAUGUGAGGUCGCCUAGCCGCUCCUGGAGAAGCUCCCAAGUCUCGAUUUUGUUGAAGGUCCGAAAGAGUAUGACCCUGAACACGGAUUCCUCGAGAUCCUGGCUGCCUUCGCGUACGACGUGCCGCAAAAUAUAUUGCGUAUUCCGGUCCAGCACGCGAUAUAUAUUCGUGAAGGGCCAAUCUUGCAAUAUCUCGUCUUCUGUCCAGGGCUGUGGCAACCCGCCCAGUCGCCGUCGCUGCAUGAGGUGCCGCUCACAAACAAAUUUGAAGAAAAGGUGCAACAUCGAGUUUACGGCAUACUGAGUGUUUCCGAGCUUGAUUUGUUUUGGUGCCCUCGGCGACGUCUUGUAUGCGGUAAUUGGCGGUGCAAGGGGCGGGACCACAGGACGAGGCUUUUUGAGAUCGCCGCUGGCCGAUUUGACGGACCUUACUACCUUGGGCAUGGUUUGCGUACCCCGUGCUGCGUUCCUGCCCGUUCGAGUUCUCCGCUCUCCGCGUGAUGCGAAUAUGUGCUGUGAUCUCCGAAGGGUCAACGAAAUGGUGGGAACGCCGCUGAUGACAGUAUUGAGUGCGAAGACGAUGGAGCGAGCGAGGGUUUUUUUUGGCCUGCGGCGACGUCGUUGCGCUUGCCAGCGAACAAAAUGAUACAGCGCGGCCACUGCCUAUCCCGCCUCGCUAGUGCGCGAGCACGUGAUCGGGGAUAUGCGCGUCUACAUCCAUCAGCGGGAAGAAGUCGAACAUCAACAUCGCGUCGCGGUCCAUCCAGCCGCCGAAACUCCUUUUCGCUGCUCUCACUGUUGUGCGUGCUACAUGCAUCUAAAUGGCCCCGGGCGACAGGAAGCCCACGCUGUAUGAUAGUCUCGGUCUGACUCCGACCGCGCCUCCUGAAGCAGUCAGGAAGGCAUACAAACGGCUCGUACUAGAAACUCACCCAGACAAGAUUCCGUUGGAUGCCACAGACGAGGAGAAGGCGACUACCGAACAGCGCUUUAGAGAGGUCUAUCAAGCGUUCGAAAUCCUUGGCGACACGGCAAAGCGCAGAGUCUACGAUAAUGGCCUCAACUACCUGCGCGGUCGCGUCCGGAUGGAAGAAAUGCAGGCGAAGCUAGCUCGGGAACGAGAGGAAUGGGACCGUCAAUCCAAACUUCGGCAAGAGGAGAGACUCCGGGCGAUGCGCGAGCGGAUGCGGCAGCGCCAGGAGGUGGAGCAACUGAGAAGAGAGGAACUAAGGCGGCAGUAUGACCAGCGGCCGGACGAGUACGAGGAGAAGAAGCAGGCACUCUUGGAGGAGCUGCGGCGCGUUCAGGAGCGGCAGCACGAGAUCCUUAUGAAGGCGGAAGCGAAACUGCAGGAGAAGAUCACAACACUGCAAGAGGUUGCGAAGCUCAAGCGUGCGGAGUCGAUUCGCUCGGCUCGUUCGGUGCGUUCUGCGCAGAGUGGAAGGAGGAUGGUCUGUACGCCAAGUCGAAGGGCGUCGACUGCCAACGUCCUCAUGAAAGCACACGAGAUGCUGCGAGUAGAUGAACUAUUGCGCAUACUUCGAGCGACUAAUCCAGAGCUGGAAGCUCGAAGGCAGGCUGUAUUGCAGCGCAAGGAAGAGAGAAUGAGCACCUGUGACGGCGCAUCAGUCAUCUCCAAGGACUCCGUGUGAAGUAUAUAUUGCAGGCUGAUAAAGACCGCUGCAGAUGUUAUUGCUCAUUUAUAACUGUGGAAGGAAAAUACCAAAAAGUUUCAAUGUACUUGUACCCUUGAAGUUGAAUUUCCAGCUCCGUUAAGGGGAGAGGCUUCUAACGCUGAUGAGACUAAACCGAGGACCACAAUGGUACUGUAAGGCAUACCUUGACACCCUCACUCAACCCCCAAAGCCUUAA